UUCAAAUAUUAAUAAUUCAAAAUGGAGACAAAGAUUUUCAUGGCCAGAGUUGCCGAUCAAUCUGAGAGAUACGAAGACAUGGUUGGCUUCUUGAAGGAGAUCGUUACUGAAUCAGCAGAUGAUGUAUCCAACGAUGUUAGAAACUUGCUCUCAGUCGGCUUCAAGAACCUCAUUAGUGCUCAGAGAUCUGCCUGGAAGACAGUUCAAGCUAUUGAGCAAAACAAGAAGUAUGCUGAGUACUCCACAAACUGUGCUGAGUACAAGGACAAGAUCAGCGCUGAUCUCGAGAAGAACUGCCAGAAAGUCAUUGAUAUCGUCAAAGAUUGCUGUUUCCCAAAGGCUAAGGAAGAUGAUGCCAAAGUUUUCUACCUCAAAAUGAUCGGAGAUUACUACAGAUACACCGCCGAGACUGCCACUGGAAGCAAGCUCGAAGAAGUAACUGAGAAUGCCAGCAAGUACUACCAACAAGCCACUGAUGCUGCUAAGGACUUGAAGCCUUACAACAGCAACAAGCUUGGAUUAGCUCUCAACUUCUCCGUCUUCUGGUAUGAGCUCAAGAAUGAUUCUAGCAAGGCUUGUGAGAUCGCUGAGCAAGCUCUCAAUGACGCCAGAGAGAAGAUCGAUGACAUGGACAACGAAGAAGCCAGAGAUGCCCUUUCCAUCAUCGAGCUCUUGAAGGAGAACCUCGACUUGUGGAGAGAAGAAGAACAAGAGGAUAACCAAGUCCAAGAUUUGUAAGUUGAAAAUGGAAAAUUAUUAACCCUCCUUUUUCUAAAAUUCAACUGC